CAGCUACAACAUGUGAGGUAGGCGAGAGGUAGGGAGGAGGGAACUACGAAACCGGCCCAACUACUCUGUUCAACGGUCGCGCGGUGGCGCGUGUUUUCGUUUAUUUUCCGAGUAACUAAACGGCCCCACCUUUGUUCAAUUGUUUUGGUACGAUUUUAUCAAACAAACUAUUUCUUAUAUAUUAAACUAAAGAAAAAGUUGAUUUUACUUAAGUUAAUAUUUGCGUUUUUUUAUGAAACCCAUCAUGACUGAAUUAAGGAGACUGCAUAGUUGCAUACCUGUUCAGUGUUUGCCGAGGUGUGUUAAAUGUUAAAGCUCGAAAAUACAGCAGUUAGUAUGAAAUCAGAUUAGCUAUUAUAUUUUAGAUUUAAGAAUGUAUUCCAACGAAAUGGGUGUGCAAAAGAGACAUAGCCAGUUUAGUGACACAAAAUAUAAGUGGCGGACUGUGUUUACAGUGUUUUUGUGCUUUGUGUGGUGUAACGGGCAGGAGAUACGGUUGGGAGAGACGGAUCCAUAUUUGUUGAACAAGUCUUUAGGGCUAACAGAGUUGCCGGGUGGUGUACUAGCAGGCGGAAGGACCAUUUGGAAGGCUGAGGGCAGCCCAUAUCUUCUUCGUGAUGAUCUCCUGGUAGAAAGAGACGCUGAAUUAGUGAUAGAACCAGGAGUUGAAGUGAAAUUUGCACCGAUGAUUGGCAUAACCGUACGAGGACAAUUGGUUGCUAUAGGUGAGCCUGGCAGAAACAUAACAUUUACAAGCACAGAAGAGCCACAGAAGCAACCGAGACCAUUCCCUGACAUUCGACUCGUCGAUGGACCAUCUAUACUGGCAGGAAGAGUUCAACUCUUGCACAGAGGACAAUGGAGAUCUGUCUGCACAAAUUCAAGAAAUUGGACCAUCAACGACAUGGAAACGGCGUGCAGGCAAUUAGGCUUCAUGGGCGGAACGUUUUACAAUUGGAUGGACCGGCAGCCAGGUCGACGUGCUCGGCUCUUAUUCGAGGAACCCAACUGUAAAGGCACAGAGUACGACCUCUUUCAAUGCGACUGGAAUUCAAGACAACUAGGAUCUGGCGUUUGUGACUUUCACCCUGAUCUCGGGAUCCAGUGCUUGCCACAUCACGACGACAACGAGUUGGGACAUUCAGGAAUACACUGGAGAGGCAUACGCUUUGAAAAUGCAGUAUUUGAAAGAAUUCUUACUGCCUCAAACACACUUUACGUGCCGACUUCUAUGUCUAGAUUAGUGCACGUGGCUAUAAGGAAUGCGGGAAUGGGGAGAGAUAAUAACGCAACAAGUGCUCUAGACGUAAUAGGCGUACCACCUCUGAUGGAGGACAUUGAGAUAUCAAACUCCGCAUUCAAUGCCAUAAACGUUACCGCACCUAACGCUCCUAUUAUGAUCAACAACUGCACAAUACAAAACAAUAGAGGCUACGGUGUAUAUGUUAAUUCCACUUACGGCAUGACCAAGAUUGAAAAUUGCCUUAUACACGACAACGGUGGUGAUGGGAUCAAAUACGUAGUACACGAGAUGAAUUUAGAUGAGAAGUUUGAUCGUAGCGAAAUAUUCGACUUAUGUACGCUCGCAUCUACACCCAGCCAAACUUUUCCAAUACAAAUGUCUAUCGAGCAAUCUAGAUAUUCAAAUGCAGAGAGAGAUUGCAACCAAAAAUUUUACACCCGUUCUGAUCAUGUUCUUACUCUAAGUUUCUUAAAGAUUGUAACCAAUAAAAAUGAUACUGGGCAAAUUUUUGUUUACGAUGGAUUAACAACGAAUGACAAGCUACUGCUAACUUUUAGUAUAAGGAAUAAUACACGACCCCAGAGUGUUACAUCGACGAGAAGCCGUAUGCACGUAAGAUUCCAUGCUAACACUAGAACUGAUAUUGUUGGCUUUCUAAGAUUAACGUCCGGAAUCAGUAAAACCUAUGAUUUAAACGUGACAGAUACAAUAAUAUCAGACAACAAUGGCAGAGGUGUUGUUAUUGAAAAUCUUCGAUCCCAAAUACAUAUUCAUCGUACAUCAAUAUCAAACAAUAACCAUGUCGCCGGCCUCCAAGUAGUUAGUGGUGCGGGAGAUGUUAACGUCACUGAAAGUAGAAUAUCAUUUAAUCAGGCCGACGGAGUAAAUAUUACUGUAACAGGUGGUAAUAGAAAUAUCUCACGAAGUAUAAUCAGCUCAAAUCAAGGAUAUGGUAUUGCUGUUUGGAUAAACAACACACAAGAAACGGAAUACGUGCCAUUAAAUCAAACAACAGUAGUUGAAUAUUCUGAAAUAUUUAAGAACCUUGAAGUAGGUAUUUUGCACGGAAACUAUUGUAGAGAGAGUUGGGUAAAUGUUACUGGGAAUUGGUUCAAUGCAAGUAUAGAAAGCACCAUAGAUAUCUCUACUUGCUGGAAAUAUAAUGAUCCUAUAAAACUACUCAAUUUACAGAUAGGGCAUAACAGAUUCUAUCAAAAUCAACGAGUGCCGAUAAGAAUUCAACCUGCCCUUAACGUAAUUGGUAGAAUAGAGCACAAUUAUUUUGAACAAGGGGAAUACGGUGCUAUUGCUAUUUUAAAUAGAUUAAAUGGAAUAUAUCUUGAAGAAUUUGAAAUACUACCAGCAAGAUUUCAUAUACAGCAUAAUUAUUUUUAUGGUAACAAAGGACCUUUUGUAGUGAAUCUUGGCUUGUCACCUUACAGUGAUAUUCAAUACAUAUUGUUUUCUAGAAAUUUUCUACGUGAAAACAAAAUUAGGGAAGCUUUUGAACCUAUAGAAGGCUUGUCAUCUAGACUUAUACCCAGAAGCAGGGUUGCAGCGACUAUAGUAUUAGCUUCAAGUAAUAUAGAUGUUUAUAGAAAUAUAAUAAAUAACCCAGAAGCACAAUACGAAAUAGGCUCUCAUGUAGAAGAUCAAAGCAAAAUUCUCAACUGUACUUACAACUGGCUGGGUUAUGCUGAAGAAGAAAAAGUUUAUAAUAGAUUAUUUCAUAGAAAAGACAGAUAUAAUUUAGCUAAAAUAAUUUUUAUGCCGUAUCUACUUCAUAAUAGUAAUCCUGGUGCAACACAAAUAAAUUACAAUUCACUUUAUGUGCCUCAGUUUAACAUGCCAGGUUCUGCCGUUGUGGGAGGAGAAGUGGAAGGAAUAGAAAUAAUCAGACAAGGAGAAUACGACGUAGACAAGGAUAUAAAUAUCCGUCCAGGUGGAAGGCUAAUUUUACAACCUGGGGUCACAUUAAAGUUUCCGCCUUCUAUAGGAAUUAUGGUUGCUGGUAAAAUAGAAGCAAGAGGGAAAAGACCUAAUGAUAUUGCCUUCACGUUAAAGGAAGAAUUCACAAUGACAAACGACAGCAUUUAUGAAAUUGAUCCGGAAAUAGAACCCACCACACCAGGCUAUCAGGAACCGAUUGUGCCAAUACGACUUUUGGGUGGCAGAACACCGCAUGAAGGAAGGCUGCAAGUUCGUAUUGAUGGUAAAUGGGGAACAGUUUGUAAUUAUGGGUGGAAUAUAAUAAAUGCUGCCUUAAUAUGCAAUCAAGUUGGAUUAGCAUUAAAUCCAAAUGAUUGGUUUUUAGAACCUAAUGAAAUACCAAGUGCUGGUAUGACAGAAGAUAUUAUUUUGUCAAAUGUGGAUUGUACAGAAUUUGAUAACGACAUAUCCAAAUGCAGAGCUGAAACAACUGAUAGCUUUGAAAAUUCUUGUACUCAUGAUAAUGAUGUUGGUGUAAGAUGCUACGAGACUAGUUGGGCAGGAGUGAGAUUUAGUGUGAUUUCUGAAAGAGCAGAUUUACAAUACGUAAGUAUUGAAAAGGCAGGUCUCUUGGAUUAUUCAUCAAAUUCCUUUAAACCUGCCCUUCAAAUAGAUUUUGCGCGCCACAGUCUAGAAAGUGUUAAAGUGGCCAAUAAUUACCAUGAUGGACUUGGAAUUCUAUAUUCUGAUUUAUAUGGUGUUGAUGCUAUUAAUACAGUACGUAAUUCUGAGUUCAGUAACAACAAAGGCAGCGGCAUAAGUUUCAAACAACUGGGUUUAAAAGUAUAUAGCUCUAUAAUAGAAAAUAACAACGUAGCAGGUAUAUCCCACAAUCCACAUAUAACAGGGCCCCAGCAACGGGAACUAGCAGGUUGGUUCAAUUUUGACCCUGGCUUUAACGUGGAUGAAACAAAUUAUCGACCAAUUAUGAUACCUGAAUAUGAGACAGACAUUUCAUUAGUAAAUGGAGAAACAAGGCAUCUAGUAUUUACUAAGCACAGUGGGGAAAAUAUUGCAAAGACUUAUAAUAUUAAAUGCAAUCCUGGGUUUGUUCUUGGACUUCAACUUUUAAAUCCAAUACACAAUUUCUCUACUGAAAGUAUAUGCAUAUACGAUUCUCAAAACAUAAAUGAAGCGAGCACUGUAUGGUGCCUAAAUCGUGAUUUAUCUACAUUUCCGACUGCUAGUAUCACUUUUGGAGUCGUGUUAAAGUAUGAAAGUGGUCUAAGAGCUUUAGGAAAUGUAGUGCUAGUAAUAACUGCAAUAGAAGCACCUGUGCAAAAUAUUCGGAACAGAAUCGUUAGUGGUCCCAUACCAACUCUUCAAGUCGUUAAUACAAAAAUAAAAGGUAAUACCAAAGGAAUUAAAGCUUUAUAUUAUAACCGAUUUUUAAAUGAAAUUGGUGAUCAUUUCUUACGAAAAGCCAAUGAAACUAUGAAAAUAAUCAGUUGCGAAAUUGCACAUAAUAUAGAAGAAGCAAUUUAUAUCAAUACACCAUAUUGGGAUAUUCAUGAAAGCAAUAUAACAGAAAUAACUUUAAUGAUUAAUAGCAGUUUGAUCACAGAUAAUGGAAAAGGUAUACACCAUUUUGCCAGGGACCUAAGAAGCUCUAAUAACUUAUACCAUUAUGUAAUGCAAGAUAACACUUUUGAAAGGAACAAGUAUGGAGGCUUUGAUAUAAGUUUACCAUAUGUAUGGCAAUAUAAUGAGAAUUUUACCCAUUCAGUUUACAUGCGUAAUAACACAUGGCGUAGUAAUAAUAAGUUUGGGUUUGUUAUAGAUGGACAUUUUGCUUUAGUUAACAUAACCAAAAAUAUUUUCACUGAUAAUAAUUGCAAGACUGGACUUAUUUCUAUUCGAGGAAUGGAAAAGAAAAUGAAAAUAGAUGGAAAUUUGAUUGAAAGAAACAAUGGUCAAUACAUGGUGCAGUUUUUUAUGGAUAGCCAAAGUGAAAUAAUGGGUUUCGUUUACGCGGUAUGUGUGUACAAUCAAGUACAAAAUAAUAAACAUAUCACAUUAGCAAAUCGUGGUGCUUUAAUAAGGAGUGUUGAGCCUACGUAUGUCAUAGGGUUUAAAGGUAUUCAGAAAGUUAAAGUAACCAGAAACCUCUUUGGAAGUAAUGCUUUAGAAUACACCUUAGUAGCUGGAAUUAAAACAGCUAAAAUUGAUAAUCUGCUUGAUGUCGUGGAGAAUUGGUGGGGCAGUGCUGACGAAAGGGAAAUAAGGAAUCAAAUAUUCGAUUUUGACGAUUGGAAUAACCACGCUGUUGCAACAUAUUUACCAUAUUUACUAGAAGAUAAUUUUGAUUCUAGCGUGUCCGCAACGUUUAGCCCUGAAAAUGUAAUAAAUCUUGAUGAACUCGGCGGACGGUUGACAUCAGAUUUAACAUUAGACGCGCGUAUUACACCUUACAUCAUUAAAGCUGAUAUUACUGUAAUGCCUGAUGUUACACUUACAAUUAAUCCUGGAGUAGUAAUGGAAUUCGCCCCAAAUGUUGGUUUACUUGUGAUGGGUACUCUUCGCGCUAUUGGCCAUAGUCAACUACCAAUUUUUAUGAAAUCAAAGUCAGUAAUGUCUAAUGCAGAAGCCAGUAGAAUCGAUAAAAGGGACACGAGUCAGUAUUCGUCAGAACACCAUAAACAUAGACGACAGCUAGAAACAUUAAUUGUCCAAGAUUCAAUUAGAUUAUGUACUGGAAGAAAUUGUUCUGUUAGCAAUGAAAAUAUGGAGAGAAAAAAUGAAGGCUUCUUGGAAUAUUAUAACAGGACAACAUUACAGUGGGUACCAAUGUGCGACAGUCGAUUUACUGAAAGAAAUGCACAGGUAGUCUGCCGAGAGUUAGGCUUUGAUCCAAUUAACGUAUUUUUCGCAUUCGAUAGACGAGUAGAAUAUCAUAGUAAUUCUCUCUCUCGCAUAUGGUCUUGGCCCGAGCCCUUACAAUGUAUUGGCACAGAGGAUCGUUAUGAAGAUUGUCCUAUUCGACUUAAUGGUCAACUAUACGGCCAUCGACAUGAAUGUAAAUGGGAUUCAGAUUUUGUUUUCAUCCACUGUGGUUCAAGAAAUCUAGAUGAAAAUCUUGAUUAUUGGGGUGGAGUACGAUUUACUAAUCCAGAGUUCGAAUAUUCUCUCUUCGAGCAUAGAAUUCAUGAUCAUCAUACACAUGACACUUUAAAAAAAGUUGAAAGUCAAUUGAAGCACGUGCAAAUAGUUGGAGCAGGUAUUUUGCAUAAUGAAAAAUCACCUGCUAUUCAAAGUAUAAUAAAAAAUCCAAGCAUUGAAAAUGUUAACAUAAGCAAAUGCGCACACCAUGGUAUAAAUUUGAUUUCACCUACCGAUACAAUAAGUGUAUCGUUUAAUUCUAUAAGUGAUAUACUAGGAGAAGGAAUCAGUGCUAUAUCUUUAAAUGGUGAAGGUAGAGAAUCUGAAGAGUCAAGUUUUAUACCAUUAAGGGACUUGAAUCUUCCAUAUCACUUGUUUUCAAUGAUUGAUAUAUGUGAUAGCUCAAAAGUUAUAUUUGUAGAAGAGAGAGUUCUAAUUUAUUACAAAUACGACAACAAUCCAGUAAACUGUGUAAAAAUCUUCAAAAGUAUGUUCAGAGUAAAACCUUUUGGAUUUAGGCUGUUACAGUUUAAUUUAUUCAAUCAUACUCUCAGCUAUGGAAAACGAGAUUCAAUAACUCUGUACGAUGGAGACAUUUACAACAUAACAGCGCCUCAAAUUGGAUAUUUGGAAAAUGGAUCACCAGAAGAAAAGAAGUUAUUCAGAACCCAAAGCGCCAGCUUAAGUGUCAAACUGUUUGCCAGUGGUGCUUCAGCUGUACACGGAUUUAUAGCUGAAAUUGUAACGCUACCAAUUUCAGCUAUUGGAUUUAAUCGCGAUGUUCAACACAAUAUAUCGAACACUGAAUUCAUUGAUAACCGUGAUGGGGCUAUAACAUAUCAAUCCGUUGGAGAAGUUAAUCCAUUAGUAGCUAUCUCUAGAAAUGAGAUUACUAAUAAUUGUCUUAAACUUUAUGGUAACUUUACGACAUGCCAAGCAGCUGUGAAAGUUGAUGUGCAGAAUACACAAACUUUAGUUUUCAGAAACAAUUUAGUACGUAACAACGUUGGUGGAUUAUUAGUUAGAGCUGAUUCGCGAAGUUCAGCAACUUCUCUACGUGGAUGGAUUCAUAACAACUUGUUUUUGUCUAACCACGAUCUUCCAUGUCUAAAAGUUGAAGGACGACAAUCAUCACCUUACCAAGAAGUGACAAUCUACCGUAAUUAUUUUACUCGCAACAGAGCAAAUUAUACUGACAUUAUAGUUCUCCGCCAAGUCGUAUCCAAUUUCACGCACAACUAUGUACAUCAAAAUACCGGACUCAGAAUAUUGGAAGUGUCUGGAUUUCAUAAAGUUCGCUUGCCGAUUUACCAAACCACAUCUCAUAAUGGUUUUUACAGAAACUACGCCCUAGACCGCGAUGGCCGUGCCACUGUGGUUGCCGGCACUGCUGGUCAACACUACGUUGACAACAUCUUUUUCAACCCCGAUAACGAUUACGAGAUGAUUACGGUCAACAGAUCCAUCUUUAUCGAUUUUAACCCAAAUUAUAUGAGCGCUCUCGACAUCUGGCGUACGCGUAUAGACGCGAAACACAACUACUGGAGUUACAACGAAAGUCUUGCUGUAGCAGGUCGUAUCAGGGAUCAGUCCGACAAUCCUUUGCUGCUUGAAGUGGAUUAUAGACCGUACUACAUGAAUAAUUUAACAGUGUUGGGAGGAGGCAAGUGUCCACCAGGAUGGGAUCCCAUAGCUGGAACCUGCUAUAUGUACGUGGGUGCUCCCAUGACAUAUGAGGAGGCAAGGCUCUUCUGUUUGUCUGACAACUCCUCCAUGCCAUACGUGACCGGUAACUACGAUGUUCUCUACGAAUUUAUAAAACGCCAGAACCAGUGGUUCCAAUAUGGCGACAGGGUGUGGGUCAACCACAUCGACUAUGUUACUCAGUGCACGUCUUUCGCCUUCUCAAAUGUUGAGAUUACUGAUUGUAAUCAGAAAAACACUUUUAUAUGCGAAAUCGAUCCAAAAAUAACCCUUGAACCAAUGUCAUGGCGUGGAGACACAUUAGCUGUUGCAUUCGUUGGAGUGCUCGUUGCUGCUGUUGUUUUAGUCGGAGCUGCACUUAUCUGCUGGUACUCCAAAUCUAAGCACAGACAUAUUCAAAGAUUGGAACGAAGAAACUCCAUUAGACAAUCGCUUCACUCUGUCCGUUCGAUUGGCAGCAUCAAUGGAGGGUUUCCUGAUACUCCUUACAGGAGAAAAAUUACACAAAUGAGUACUCGCUCAACCGACACUUUAACAAAAGGCUCAGACUACAGGAAGAUGCUCGCAUCCACUGCGUCUAUGGAAUCAAUGGAAAAGAGCCAGUUCAAUUCGUCCAUAGAAGACAACCAGAGCUUUGACAUUUACGAGGCUCACAACCCGAAUAAUGUGAUCCAAUUGAAGCACAGCACAUUCAACAAAAAACCAGCAUCGCCAGAAUAUAGUGUUCCCCAAAACAUAAAGUACGAUUUGGCCUUUAAAAAUGAAGGUUACAGAGAAAAUUCUGGCGCAAGCGCUGCACCAUCUAUGAAUACUAUAGCGACUGAGGAAUUACCAAUCAUACAUCAUCCUGGUGGCUUAUCAUCACCUCAAGAUGAUGAUACGUUGUCACCGACAAGCGACUCGCAAUAUUUCACUUCAGACACUCUGCCCUUGAGAGGUAUCGACAAAUCUGAUGAUCCGAUGUUCUACAAGCAGGAAUUGGAAAGGGAGGGGAAGAUAUUUGGGCCCUAUGGAGCGCCGAAUCAUGGUGGACAGCCGAAGUUGUCAUUUUUGAUGGAGUUGAGGCAGAAGAUGCCGGAGCAACCUCAACCUGGGGCUAUCCCAACGACCACUUUCGGUCAGAGGAAUAUUACGGACGAACCUCAGUAUUACGACGAUCGACUACCAACGCCACUUCAAACGCCUGACUAUCCUUAUGACCCCUCCCCGCACUCUUCCCCAGACCUCUCAUACCCCUCUGACUUCCACUCUCGAUCCCGAUCAGAAGCAUUGUUAGAAACGAAUUUCGACUUUGAGGAUUCACAAAUCAAUCCUCCAAUUUCCGAAGACAGCCGAUCUCACAGUCAACCUUUGGAAACUGCUAUGUAGUGAUUAAUAAAUUAACCAAAAAUGUAUUUUAAUCGUUAUGUUCUAGCUACAGGGUCGAAUAUUGUUUAACAUGUAAGAUAUUACGCCAUUUUGAAAAGUGAAGGUAACUUUUUUGUUCGCUGCUGUGUAAAAAUAUAUUAGUAGGUACUGAACUCCGAAAUAGGAAUGACCGUCUACCAGUGGCCUUAUAAAGUUGUAUAUAAAUAUUUUUUAAAUUUACUGUACCAUUUUUCUAAAUACGGUAAAUGUAUAUUUUAAGUUAUAGACUUAAAUGUAGGUAUAUAUACAUAUAUUACAUUAAACUUGUAAUCACUUUUGUCGUCGACUUUACCAGACUCACAUUAAAUACUUCUAGAUCAUAGAAGUGGCGCUUUUGCAUGCCCUACAGAUUGGUUGAUUUUGAAAGCAGUGUUAUACAUUUCAGAUCAAUUUCUACUAAGAAAACAAUUUUUUAAGAUGUAGAUAGUACUCUACUGUGUUAAACUAGGUUGUAAGUAAUGAAAUAUUAAAACUAAUAAUAAUAUACGUGUAAAGGUGCAUUCAAAUUAGCCGCGAUAAAUCAAACAAAGCAGUUGGUCAAUUAAAAAAGAACAUAUAGACUCAGAACCUCCUUUUUUCAAGUCGGUUAAAAAGCGGACGGGGCGAGACGAUCGCUGUGCAUAUUCACAGGACGAUUUAGAUCUUCAUAUUGCUGCAAAUUUAAAUGCACCCUAUGCUGUGAAAAGACUGAAAACGUCUUACAAAUACUAUACUCUUGCAUUUAUUAUGUACCGAAUAUUAACUAAACAUUAUAUUUUCUAUAACAUAAACUUACACGGCCGAACGUCCUAAAUUAUUAAUCUAUUACUGCAAACUUUGUCUUCUUUUUAUACUUCCACAGUCGAACGUUCUAAUUUAUUAUUCUUAAACUCUCAGCUUUAAACUCAGUCUUUAGUUUUCUUUGAUUUUCGAUAUUAUAAACUUACUUAGCCAUGAUUUUAAAUAAACAGGAGCAGGACGUUAAAAAAACGUUAUGAGUGUGGCAACACUAACGCGUCUGUGGCUGGGAUCUAAUUUUUUUCCGACAAUCAAAAUAAGUUAGCGUUGGAUAGCGGCCAUUAUAGAUAAAGCGUAACAGACGCGUCGAUUUGGCCUGGUAGAGAAUAGAGAGAAUACGAUCUCAUUAUUUGAAAUAGGUUUUUUUUCGAUAAUUUUCUUGUUGAACGAUCUAAAGACGAUAAUAUUAGAUUAAAAUAAAAUAUGCAGCUUUAGAGAGGACUUUAGAUACGUUGAAAUUAUUGUUACCAUAUAAAAUUGCAGUUUUAUUUUGUUUUUACUAGGUAUGUAUAUUCGUAAUGAACGUUUCUUAAUUUGCAAAUGAUCGUACUAGUAACUAGGCUAAUAAGUUUAUUAAAAUUGAUUUAAUAUAUUAAUAUUAAUUGUGACAACUUAUUUUUUAAGUAUAAAAAUUGUUUUAAAAUAUUAUAUGUCCGUCCUUAUGUGUAAUAAAUUAGAUUUAAGUAGGUUUCUAAUAAUUGUGCUUAUGAAAUUUUUACUUUCUUAAAUAUUUUAUUUUAUACUUAAUUUAUGUGGGAUACUUCCCUACUUAUUUACAUUUCUAUAUUUUUCUUAUUUGCAAUCAAAAUAAAUAUAUUGUAUUAUGCAGCUUAUACAACAUCAUUCUAUAAAGCUCUAUUUACCGUUGUAUUGUUUUAUACAGAUCUAAUUUUAACAAUGCUUUAAAUGUAAAACGUACAAAUCUAGAAGAAUUAAAAUGAAAUUAAAACUUAAUAAAAAUUUAAUAUUUUGGUA